GCUAAAGCAAUGAGAAAGAAACUAUCUCGAAUUGAAGAAGAAAACGAGACGUUGCAGUUGCAACUCAACAAAAUGAGCACCAAAGCUAAAGUGAACAGGCAGAGGUCCCUGGAGCGGGCAGGCUCCUUGGAAAGACAAAGUUCGGUGGAGAGAGGAAGUCUCAACAGGCAAGAUUCUGCGGAAAAAAAUGACAAGAAAAUCACACCUGUUGAAGACCUUGACCCGACUGACAUGAAGAUUCAGCUGGAGUUGAACGAGCAGGAAGCAUCGGUGCUGCGCCGUAAGCUGGAGACCGCAGAGAGCGAGAACGAGCGGUUGCAGCGCGAGAUAAAAGACUUGCUUUCGUGCAGAGAAAACAAGAAGCCUAAUAGCUUAGGUAAAGCCCCCGAGCCUUCUAAAGAUCAUCUUUUCUUCGAUAAGAAGAUCAAGAUGUUGGAAGAAGAGCUCACUGAGCUCAGGAAAAAACUAAUUGAUUCUGAAAAAGAGAGAGAUCAACUCAGGAGCGACCUCGACCUCAACAAGAAACGUUCCAAAAUAACUAAUAGCAGGUCGACAGAGCAGCUAGAAGCUGAUCUGAGGAAGAAAAUGGAAUACCUGGAAAAAGAAUGCAGUUCCCUCCGGUCAAAAUCAGAAGAAGUACAAGCAGAGAACGACAAAUUGUCUGAAGAAAACAGACGCUUGCAAGAGAAGAGCAACAAAAGGCUUCCAUUGACACCACAGGAGAACGUGUACGUUGAGAAUCAAGUCCUACAGGACAAAGUCAAGCGCCUUGAGAAGAGGUUUAAGGACUCCACACAGAAGAUCAAGACCUUGGAGAGCUUCAGCAAUGCGCUCGGUGGUGCCGACAAGGAAGCUGAGAUCAACGAGCUUAAGAACACAAUAAAUGAACUACAAAAUAAUACCGAAGAUAUGCGUAAGCUUGUUAGCGGUGCCAGGACGCCCAAAGUCCCCAAAGACACGACACCGAAGGCUACACUAAUUAAAUGGGUCCAUGAACUGGAGAACGAAUGCACUCGCCUUCAGCUCGCCGUUAAAGAGUACGAGAAAAAGAAACCUACAGCCGGCCGUACUAAUGACCUGGGUGCCGUACGCGACUUGAAGGACGAGCUGGCUAAGGAGAAGGAGAGAGUCGAGGAACUCACUCACCAACUCAAGGAGGAGAGAGAAAAAUCCGACAAGAACGUCUCCAUGGAGAGAAGAUUAGUCCAGAGAGCGGAUGACCUACGCCGCCACGAAGACAAGAUCCAGGCGCUGAAGCAGGAGCUCGAGGAAGAUUUGCUGGCAGCGGCUCAGCAAACCAUCAAUGCGCUCGAAAAGCGUUUAAAAGAGACAGAAGAAUCUUUACGAAUUGGCGAGAAAACGGAAAGAAAUUUACGGACGGCAGUUAGUAAAUCUGAGGCAAAGUUGGAAGAAGAGAAAUCUUUGCUGUCCGCUGCUGAGGAACGCCACAAGGAAAUGUCACUUUCAUGGCUCAAAGAAAGAGAUGAUCUUAAAAAAGAAAUCUCUACUAUCCGAAGAAGCAAAGAAAAAGCUGAAGAAGAAGUUAAGAGAGCUCAGAAAAAUGCGGAAAAUGCCGAGAGCAAACUGAACAAAGAGCUGAGGACGCUGCAGGAGCUACAGGAGACCCACAAGAAGGACUCCGAGGAGAUUUCUUUACUCAGGAGUCGUAAUGAAGCCUUGCUCAGCGAUGUUGAUGAUCUCAAAGAUACAGUUUCAAGACUCGAGAAAGAGAAAGAGCGAGCGAACUUAAAAGUCAACAAGGAAGCUGAAUCUCUUCGAGCGGAGAAAGAAGAUCUACAGAUAAGAAUGAACACGCUUGAAAGUGAGCUUAAGGCAGAGAAAGCAAAACGCGAGCGGCUGGAGAAAGAAAGCCUUACGCGGCCGCUGCGGGGCCAGGGGCUCGAGCUCGCCGAAGUGCAGAAGAAACUUGCCAAGUCUGAACAGGAGGUGAAGAAGCUCUCCACUGAACUCGAGGGCCUCAGGUCCACAUACUCGCAGAAGCUCGAUGAUAUGGAGAAGACCAAAAAGAAGGCUCAUCAAGACCUCGUCAACUUGCAAGACAAAUAUGAGCUUUUGGAAGAAGAUUUCGUAGUACAGAAGGCUCAGAACUCGACGAAGAACAGCAACGUCACAGACGACUACUUGAGACUAAAGACGGAGUACGACACCAUCGACGACGAGCUGAAGAAGCUUCGGGAGACGUACAACUUGCGGCAAGACACGUGGAUUAAAGAGAAACUUGCCAUGCAGGAGCAAGUCAAGGACCUCGAAAUGCGCCUUGGCAGAGCAGCUGGAGACUCCGGCUCCUUUAUCGAGAAGAAUCGCCUCAAGGAUAUUCUUGAUGAUAAGAAUCACCAAAUAGAAAAACUUAAAAGAGACGAGGAAAUUCUCCGUGACCAGCUUAGCUAUUCCAGACGAGAAGGUGAAGAACUUCGCCGGAAGGUCGACGAUCUCGAGAAGUUGAACGAACUGAACGACCGACGACAGACAAACGCCGUCACAGACACUUCAGAGUACGAAAGCACAAUCAAGGAGUUGAGGAACAGACUAAGCGUGGCCGAGAAAUCGGUCAAAACCGAGACGACAAAAAUCAAGAUGAAGUACGACACGAAGCUCAAGGCCCUCGCUGAGGAAGUUAGCACCCUCUCGACUCACAUGUCGAAAUACCGGCGAGAGAGAGACAGGUACAAGGAGCUGCUCGAGGCCUCGCAAAAGAACUUGACACAAAUGAAGUCGGGCAACAACGGAGGCUCUGCUUCUCAGUACAGAACAUCGAGAGCAGAUAACGCUAAUGAGCUGGCAAGUUACGAGUCGCAGGUUCUGGAUUUACAAAGCCAGGUCACGGAACUAGAGGACAAGCUCGCUGACUACCGCCUCGAAAACACCAAACUUAAGAACGACCUCGUCGACGUUAAGACCAACGCAGACAUACAACUGUGCGAGGCACAGACCAAGCUUAAUGAGACGUUGUACGAAGUAGAGAGGGAGCGAGAUUUGGAGAAGCUGGAGGCCAAGAGAAAGAUCGAGCAGCUCAAGCGCAGCGUCAACGUCGACCAGCAAGACACCAUCGGCAAGGUUCAAGAGCUGCAGCGAGACCUGCAGGAGCUGCGAGAAGCUCACGCAAAACUGCGCCAGAUCAACGAGAAGCUGCGGCGUGAGAAAGACAGGACAGAAGUCGAGCGCGAGGCCAUGCGAGAUAAAUACCUGGGCGGCAGCAGGGAGUCUCUCAACCAGCAAGCCAAAGUCGAGCGAAUCUCGGAGGUGAUGCGCACUGUACGUGACCUGGCUCCGCUUAUCCUCGGCGAGAGCAUCGAUGGCAGAGACACCUCCCUGACCAAUCUCUCAAGUGAUGCGAAGCCUCGAACAAAAGAGGAUUUCACAGACGCCCUCAAGAAGCUGGUGCGUGGUAUGGACGACCUCAAGGCCAUGAUGGGGCUGUACGAUGACCGAGACAGGAUACGAAGAGCCACGUCGCUAAGAAGAGCGCUUUCGGUCGAAAGCGACGACGAAGGCAGCACCACCGGCUCGCUGAGGUCCAGGAGCGUCGGCAGAGGCGGUCUGCACAGACAACAUUUGAUGCCCAAGCAGCAGAAGACGAAUCUCUACCGUAAAGCUCAGUCCCUUGACCACCAGAUGUCGGAGGACAGGAGUAAAAUCUGGGUUUCAACCGACGCGGGCAGCACUUCCAGCAUCGAAUCUUCGAUGACAGAAGAAAUGCGAAAAGCCAAGUUCGACAGAGACUCUUCGCUGGACCGAAUAUCCACAGGAUCUCAAACAAGUGAGAUUGAAGGAGAGAAAAAACCAAAAGGCAUCAAAGGCCUCUUCUCCAAACUCAGCAAAGCUCGCUCCAUUGAAGAUUCUGCUACGGGCGACUCAAUCGUCGACGUUGGAGUCAAGGCUGCGAUGCUGUCGGGAGUCGGAAGCUCCGGUAAAGAUAUUCCAUCAGACGUGGAAAAAGAUUCAAUGACGUCUAAAAUCAAGACGUUAUUUAAAGGGAAAGCGCCGCCCUCCAGAUCUCAAAGCACCGAACGAGAUAACUCGAACGUGAAGAAAACUAAAUCUAUUUUCGAAGCCGACGCUGCAUCGAUCGCAUCGAACACCUCCCUGAACAGUGCAGCGAAUGUUCCCCCCGUGCUGCGGCGUCUCCAGGGCCGCAGUAGCGCGUUCGGUCCCACAAUAGCCAACAAGCCAGCCUCCCUCCAGCGACAGUCUUCCCACGAAACCAGAGUCUAAAAUUUGUAUAUUUAUUAUUAUAUUAAUUGUGAUGAGUAUUGAUUGAUAUUGUAUUGAUGCUCAUAUUAGCGUUUACUAUCAAAGAUAUUAAAUGGUUGAGCAAUCCGAUCACCGUUUAUGAAGAUCUUCGCAAGACCAUAGCGGGAAAAAUAUUUAGUUGAAUAUUAUUUCAAUGCUAAUAAAUUGAUUGGAAUUUCUGAAAGUACGCGUUGGAUUCUGAAAAAAAUCUUAGACAUUUUCUGGUAUUAUAUCAUUCACUCUUGACUUUUCCGUGGUUGCUUGCUUGUAAUAAGUAUUAAUGCUAGUACAGAUUUUUUAUCCACUUUAUACAAAUGAAACUAUAAAAUGAAGUAAAUGAAAGAUAGACCAUAUCGCAGAUUUUAAAAAAGUCCCAAUUUUGAAAGUCUUGCAUUUAAUGGCCAUAACUUUUUAAUUAACACAUCCGUUAAAAAUCUUAUUCACGGAUCUGUAUUCUUGAGCUCUCUUCAACUCUAAAUUAAUUUUCUGUUUAAUUUUUAACGCCCGGCGUUUGAUUGAACAUGACUUUUCAUUUGAAAUUUAAUUUUAACGGCUCCAAAACUAAAAUUAUUACUUCGCAGUUGCGGAAAGAAACUAAUAUUAAAAAAACUCAAGUACGCAUGUAAAAAGCAGAGCAUUUUUCUGGGGCCUUACCCUUAUUGCUAAUAAUAAGAGUUAGAUCGUCGUAUCAUUGUAUAAUAUUUUUACUAUUUUCCAUGGGAGCUUGUAUAUUGGUUAUUUCAACUUUAUUGCUUAGGAUUAUUAUUAAAAAUAUUGCAAAUAUUGUCUGGAAUUAUCAACGUCCCUAUUCCAAAUUUCGCCAGAUGGUAAUUAUGCAAGUUCGUAUACCUAUUUUGGAGAUAUUAAUAAAUUUUCACUAAUAUUGUCGGAAAUAAUUUAUGUAACUCUCUUCAAAAUUGUUUGAAAAUAUUGUAAAUAGUCAGGUGGCGCUUGGUGAAGCCUGCUGACUGUAAUAAUAGAACUCCCAUAAUAAUUGAUUGGAUGUGUCAAGAUUACUCUCAAUGAUUAUUUUCUCUAGGUAUUGACAUAACUUUCUCAAAUUUUACCUUGAAGUAUUAAUUUGACUCUCUAAAUAUUGUAUAGAAGUAUUAUUAAAACUCACGGAAUUAUUAAUUGGAAGUAUCAACGAUAGUUAGAAUAUACAUAGAAUAUUGGCUUAAGGAUAUGGUAUAACUAUCUCAAAUAUUAUUUAGAUAGAUCAUUUGAACUUUUCAAACUAAGUAUUGAUCGAACCUCCGGCAAAUAUUGGACAGUAGUAUUAAUUUAAUCCUCAAAAAUAUUGUUUUGACAUGACUAUGUACCCCACGCAAAUGUUAUAUUGACCUGUCUAUGUAACCCGAAAAAAUUGCAUCAUAUAACAUGAAAAUAUUAAUAUAACCAUCACAAGUAUUGCUAAGAAGUAUCUUUCUAAAUACUGCAGAAUACUUCGAGAUACUAUCACGGGCCUAAGAGUGUCAUGCAAUUCCCGAGCUCAGGCACUCAAUUUGAGGAGCUUAAAUUGUAAAUAAGAAGCUUCAAGCUUGUAAAAUGCUUAUGGUCUGUCAUCGUACGGGCGAAUAUUGAGCAGGAUUACAUAUAAUGGUCUACGAGAAUAUUGUUCUCAGUUAUAAACACGUAUUCCUGGAGUGCUUGGACUCGUGGAAGUUUCUCGCUGCUAUCAUUUGGUAGCCGGAUCCCUGUAAUUUGUUUCAGUGAAAGUUUCAAGUUCCCGGCGAAUGUAAAAUAUUCUAACUGCUUUAACUUGAGCUGUAAUAUUAAUGGCAUUACUCCGAUUCUAUCGAUAUUUAUAUAAUGAUGCAUUUGUAAAUUCUCAAUGCUUUCCGCCAUUUUUUUUGUUCGGUUCUGUGGAAACACUGUAAAAAUUUAUCAAUGUUUUGUUAUAAUUGUCGCAGGGGAUAUUGUUUUCAAUUAUAUUUAUAAGUCUUGGCCAUACUCCUGAGGCACAUCAGAAUAACCAACGUAUUUGAGGUAAAAUUUGCCAUAUUUAUAUAUUAUUUUUUAAAUAUUCGUGAUUAUUUGUAGCCUUUAUAUAGUUUAUUCUCGUUUAACACCUUCAAUCACCUUUUUUCAUGCAGAGCGCUGCAAAUUUAGUUGUAUUAUUUAUUAUUAUAAAGGCUAAUAGACCACAACAAAUCAACUCGUAUAUAUGCUCUCCAAUUUUCCUGUGGAAAUUCUGACCGUAACUAUCAGCAUGCCGGAAUUAAAUAGCAGAACUGCUUACUUUCCCUAUUUUUUAUACCUUAACAAUAAAAAAUAAUUAGCAACCAGUGUACAAUUUAAAAAAUCCCGAAAAAUAUUUCGAUUUUCAGAUCUUUCUCAUUCUAGAGACGCUGAUUCCUAGCAUGAAAUCUAUCUUUAUUAAUAGCAGUUCUCCCUUAAAGCCACGUUUUCAACUCCAGUAUAUAUCGCAUCAGUUCGUGCUCUUUCAUUUUGGUAUAGUUGGGCAGACGCUUUAAUGCAAUCAAAAAUGUAUUUUUAUUUUAAAAAGUGGAGGUAUUUUAAUUUGUCCAUCUUGUGUUGUCCUAUGGUGUGAGCAUAAGUUACUCAUUGCUGCAAUUCUUUAACAAUAGUGCAAACGUGAAGGAGCUCAAGUUAUUUGUAUAUGAAAUAUUUGAUUUUGUCCUGAUUUUUUUCCAGUUUUCGUUUCAUUAUAUCGUAUGUCUGAAAAAAAGCUCAAGCAUGCGCAUCUUCCUUACACGCACGAUAUUCAUCUCUAAUUAAUUUUAGAACUUGAUAUUUUGUGGGCAUUUAUUUCGUUGAUAUCAGAUUUUUCAGUUUAAUAUUCGAUUUCGUCAUGCCGCAUGGCAUCAAUUUUCCACCGUAAUAUGCGCAUCACUUAUAAAAAAUUUAUCAACCUGCAUAUUUCUAGUGAAAAGGCAGAUUUUCUUAUAAAUUAUAUUACCGAGACUCUUUCGUUGCGUAAGAUUUUCCCUGUUUGAUUUUCGUAUCCGAUACUCUAUUGCGUUUCUAGCAAAUUGAAACAAUACUGUGACAUGUACUACAAAAUUUGAUUUUAAUUCAGUUAAGUUCUGCUUAUUAUUUGAGUUGUUGUUUUGCAUAUACCGAAGAGAUUUAUUUCUGUUGACUAUUAGAUUUUUUCUAUCGUUCAAUUGGUCAUAAUGUGAAGAGUUAUGUAUCUGAUAGCAUCUAUAAACAUUUUUAUGUACAUAGUUUCUACCAAGUGUCCAUGGAAUUUUUAUUAUACAUUUCACAAUAUUCUUUGCUCGAAAUGUGACUAUAUAUAAACGACAACUUUCCAA